CGUAACAUCUCAGCCACCUCCCCUCAUGUCUGAAGACGUUUGCAGACACACACACACACCUUCCACUGCAGCUACAUUUGUUUGUUGUGAAACUUCUGAAAAUAAUGUAUUUGUGUCCUGGCAGGUCUAGAUUGUCUCAGUCUUAGUUUAGUCCUCCUUAAAAACCUCCUGCCUGUGUCAGUGUCAUCAGGACUUGGUAAGAAGAAUAUUUCUAUCAGAGGAAGGUAAAAGAAGAAAAUAAAUACCUGGUGAUUAGGAGUUAAAUGAUCAUGACUAUGAAGAAGCAGCUGUGGUCUCUGGCCCGUACGUUCCUGCCUCUGGUGGGCUUUGCGUUGACCUGUUUGGGAUCUUACCUGGUGUCCCAGCAGCCUGAGGGCAGCCUCCUCUGGAGGUUCAUUCCUGCUUACAUCCUAAUGGGGCUCGGAGCUCUGGCUGUGCUGGGAGGGGCCUUCUGGACCGUCUGCCACAGCAUGAAGAGCAAGAUAUACAGGAGAAGAGGAGGAGGAGAACGAAACAUCGAGGUCUACGCCAUCGAAAGGCCGAGCUUCUUCCCUCCAUCAUACGAGGAGUCCCAGUACAGCCAGGUGACCCGUGAUACACCCUCUGAGGUUGUGGUGGAGGUUGACGGGGGGGAUGUGGUGAUCCUCGCUCCUCCUCUGUACAGCACAGACAGCUCGGAGGCUCCAGACUGUACGUGGAGCUGGGAGCGACCUCCUCAGUACAGUCAGGUAGAACGUGCUCUGCAGGGAGAGGAGGAGCAAAGAGUGGCGUCGUCUGUACCCUGAAGGACAGACUGAAGGAAAAUGAAGGAUCAGAGAUUUAUUUUUUGACUGAGAAAAGAAAAGGGGCUUAGAAAUAUGAGAUGACUCCACACAUGGACAGAUGACUCUUGUAAUAAAUGAUGGUCUACAGAGUGUGGGCCAACCUCUCAACUCUUAUGUCUGUGCUGCCCAUGUGAGCAUGUUACAAGCUGUCUGGUUUAACUUUGGUUUGAAGUCAUUUUAGCUCAAGUGACUUCCUCUCAGGUGUCCCAGAGCACAGUUGCAGCUGCUGCAUGUUUGACUUGAAGCGCUGCUUGUUGGUUUAAGAACAGUAUAAAUCCACUUGGGUAGUAUCAUUGCAUUGGCAUGAGUGAAGCUACACCUGUGUUCAGGGUGAUUUGUGUGUAUAUGCAGCUGUUUUGUUACAUCAUGAUGUAGUGUUUGUGAUCAGUGUGUGGAAAAAAACUAUUCAAUGUAUGCUAAAGAAACAUUGAUCAACAGAUUAUUCUUCAAAGAUAAAUUGGCUGUAGAUUAAUGUUCUUAUCAGGCAAAAUCAUUUGUAAACAAACACAUUUUAAAUUUGAUUUAACAGAAAUGUAAUUGAUUUUUGUAACAAUAAAUGAAAUGCAUUUACAUUAGAAAAAUGAAAAAGUAUGCAAGAAAAUGUUCCCCGUCAGACAUGAACUUAGUAUAUCAUAACUGUAUAAACAGUAAAGCAUUAAAGUCA